AAAAUAUAAUAUCGGCGGUAGAUAACUUUUGGAGGAGGAGGCCGGAGGAGAACGCCGGCGGCGAGAUAGAGAGAUUCCGAUUGACAUAAAUCUUGAAUAAAUGGCGAUAGAAGCCGUUGAAUCACUUUCGCCGGUUUCUCAAUCACACACCAGUUACAGACAACCGCAUCACUUUUACCUUCCCGUCGAUAGACUUCAAUUCAAGGAGGGAACUUUGGUGGAUCUUUUGAGGACGAUCGGUCGCUUACCAUUGUUGCCAAUAGUUGUGUGUUGUAGCACUCGCGACGUGCUUGAUGCUGUAAGCUAUGCCGUUGCUAAUCUUUCACAUAUCUCCACUGCAUCUCUGUACAGUGACCUAUCCUUAGCUGAACGUGCUUCUGUCUUAGAAAAUUUUCGAGAAGCAACGAUGAAAUGGAACCAAAUGGGUACCAUCCGGAGUGAAGGAGAUAGUGAAGAAACUGUUACUAUAGAAGAGCAAAAAUCUCAUAUGAUAGUUGUAACAGAUGCUUGCCUUCCACUUAUUACAUGCGGUGAAUCUCCUAUUACAGCUCGUCUUUUGAUAAAUUAUGAACUUCCAACUAAGAAGGAAACAUACAUGAGGCGCAUGACUACUUGCUUGGCAGCAGACGGGAUUGUGAUCAACAUGCUUGUUGAGGGAGAAAUGAUGACUCUAAAAGGCAUUGAACAAAGUAGUGGCCUUGUCAUAUCUGAAAUGCCCAUAAAUAUCCUCGAGAUGCUUUGAGGUUUGUAUAUAGAGGAGGAAACUCACAUUAUAGUUGAGGUAUGGAAAUUCUAACAUACAUCUUUUUUUUUUCUCUAUUAUUGUGUUCAAAACUGAGUUGGAUUGAGUGGAUAAGAUCUUAAGAUGAUAAUCAAUGACAUAA